CUCUGCCCUAAAUGAUUUAAAGUGAUUAAAUCAUUAAACUGAUUAUUAAACAGCUGUAAAGUGUAAACAGAAGACCGUAAACAGCAAACAGUGGCUUAACGUCGCCUCUCCGGGCGGUCGCGGUGCUUGCUUUACAACUUGAAGUCUCCAACUGUCAGAGAAUAAUCCACAGAUGGUUUUUUUAAAGAUAAGAAAACCCGUGGCUGGCAGACCACGUUUGGAGACUAUACUUUUCGGUAGACCGCAUUUAGGAUUUGCUACGCGAUGGGAAGAAGUAAGAGCAGUAAGCCAACGACUAGUACGCGCACCACAACCAGAGCUCCAUCAUCAAACCCUGAGAACAGUGACGGCGCGAUGCAAGUCGAUGAGGAUCCAAUCCGAGACUACUGCGCGUUUUUAGCUAAUAUUCUGGAUGAAGUUUGGAAGGUGCAGUCCGAUUUAACGCGGGAAGAAUUAUGCAUCCAGUUGCGUGACAGGUUUUUCGAGACGUUCCAGAAGGACACGCUGACGGUAAGCCAGGUGGGCGAUAUGGGAAACGAAGUUUGGCUGAUUUUGUGCAGGGUAGUCCUGGUCGAAGGAUCAUUGAAGAUUAAGUUAUCAGGCCGACGUCCAGACCCAGUCCAAUAUCGCGAUACUAUGCGCACCAUCGCAGCUUUCUUGUGUGAUCUCCACCGAAAUCCUGAAUUGUCGAACGACGGGUCGCGACUGUUUGUUGUUAGGAUUAUCAAGUUUUUUGCAAAGGGUUUGGAGUCUGGCCGAUGGGAAGUCCGAUAUCGAAUACUGCAGUUUAUCAAUUGUUUCUUGGAAAAGAUGGCCAGUACAGGAGCUGUAUUUUCUUCCAUCGAGGAGACCGAUGGCAACAAAGAUCUUGUGCGCAAAUAUUUACUUACGCGCACUUUUGACGUGAAAAAUGAAGUGGCCGCUUUGGCAAUGGAGGCGAUUCAACAUUACCAAUACGAGAAAGAGGCAUGUCAUACAACGCGAGCAUUUUUGGUGCUGCACUGCCGGAUGCAAGAACAUGAAUCUGCCAUCGUCCGAGCGGCUGCCGUACGGAGCGUCCAUGUGUGUUCCUCUAGCGCAGCAGCAAUAAUCCGGUCAGCAUUUGAUUCUGCGUGGGAAGUGCGCGUAGCUGCUUAUGAGGUUAUUGCGGAUGCGAUAUCUCCUAAAAUUGUCAAAUGCCAGUUGCGCGCGUUGUUAAUUCUGACCGGACUGAACCACCUAAAAUCAAAAGUCCGAACAGCCACUCAAAAGUGCCUCCGCAGUUGGCUUGGGCUUUGUAAUCGUGAUUAUAAUGGUCUGAUGACGGACGCCAAUGUCAUUGCUGGACACCCAUUGCACAGCGGCAGACAACUGGGAUUCGAGAUAUUUAAUCAAGAAGUUGUUGGCGCUCCUUCUCAGCUUGCGGUGACCGCGGGAGCUUCUGCCUCACAUUCUGGAGUGGGCAGCGGUCAAGUAGUGACAAAUGCAGAACCGGAUGUUAGUUGACCAAAGAUUUAUUUUUGACAUACGAUUUCACGUUAUGGAUUAAUCGAACACUUUAAGCUACUCAAUUUCCAGUUAAAUUCCUUUCUCUCUGCUUCUGUGGUUCGUGUGCUGUAUCUUUCCGUCUUUAUUUUGUUGGCACUUCGCACUUGCAUGUUGCAGUGCAUUUGACAUUGUACGUCUGGAGUUUGGUCCUGGAGUACCAUAAUUAUGUUGUUUUGUUUGCAGACUGUUGUGCUAUAACUGCAUUUCUGUAAAAAGGUACUAGCAUAAGUGUUAUUAAAGUUUACA